AGGUUUUUCCCUCAGUUAAUAUGGCUGCGGCCGGCGAGCGGCGGGGUCGCGGGUGAGGAAAGGAGGCUAAGCUUUUCCUAGGCUUUGGCCACGAUCCUCUCAGCGAUGGCGCUUCGGUCACGGUUCUGGGAGGUGUUGUCGGUCUGCAGGAACCCCGGGCGUGGGGUCGCGGCGCUGUCAACCAGUUCCAAGCCAGAGGCGAAGCCCGAAGCGGACCCCCUGGGAAACGAAGCGGUGGCCCCGGAGUUCACCAACCGGAACCCCCGGAACCUGGAACUGUUAGCCGUGGCCAGGAAGGAGCGGGGCUGGCGGACGGUGUGGCCCUCCCGCGAGUUCUGGCACAGGCUGCGAGUGAUAAGGACUCAGCAUCACGUGGAAGCACUUGUUGAGCGCCCCAAUGGCCAGGCUGUGGUUUCCGCGUCCACGCGCGAAUGGGCCAUUAAGAAGCACCUUUACAGCACCCGAAACGUGGUGGCCUGCGAGAGCGUGGGGCGGGUGCUGGCAGAACGGUGCCUGGAGGCGGGCAUCCACUUCAUGGUCUACCAGCCGACUCCGUGGGAGGCAGCCUCGGACGCGAUGCAGCGACUGCAGAGCGCGCUGACCGAAGGCGGCGUGGUGCUGCGGGAGCCUCGGAGGAGGUACGAGUGAGGGAGAGGCCUCGUUCGGACCGCGUGCAUGUCCGGCCGUCCGCGCAUCCAUCCGUCGGCAGAGCCCGUCCGGACAGAGCAGCCGGCUGGAAAGAAAAUGUCCCGCGAUAACGUACCUGCAGAAAGGUGUCCGCAGUCAGGCUCGGCCCCCCUUCCCUCGCGUGCGUGGGGCUGGCGCCUCAGGGGAGUGUCCGAGGAAGCUGUCACCCAUUACAAUUAACUUUCGAAGUUCACGUUAAAUGUUUGUAUGUUAAAGAAUAAAGGCACAUUCUGAACUCCCA